AUGAGCGACCCCGUGGAAGCCACGAUUGAGGUCAUUGACAAUGCCAACGGCACACUCAACUGCCUCGACGGCGCGCGGACAGCGGUCUACGCUGCGAGUGCCCACUACCGCGGCCAGUCGAGUCUUCACUUUACCAAGCACCAGAUUGCCGUGGACCUGCACGAAGACGGCGCGUUGCUGGGCUUCCCUGUGGACCGCACGUUUGUGCUCAAUGGCCCGACCAUUGACGCGAGUCUGCUGCGGAACCACUUGGCGCACUGGAUGUUCCGCGGCACGGACCGCUACUCGCCUCGAAGCCGUCACGCUGUUGUGUUUGUACGGGACCGCCUGAGUGCGGACGACUGGAGUCCGCGAUACCGUGGGAUCUACUUGGCGCUCGAGAAGAUCGCGUACACGCGCAACCGCGUGGCAUUGGCGCCGCUCAAUAGUGCGUGCCAGACCACGGACGAACUCUCGGGAGGCUGGGCGUGGCAGAACAACCCACUGGGGUACGGCGACUACUCGCCGAACAUUGUGCUGGACGAUGCCACGGGGCUCUUUGGCUCGGGCGCUCGACCCGUCUUGACGUACCCCGAAGCCAAUGUGCUUACCCAAACGAUGCGGGACUACUUUGUGUCGCCCGAGACGGGACCGCUGCCUCGGCUGUAUCAGUACUUGUACGCCAAUAUGACGCACCCGGAUGGACUCGAAGAGCACAUUGACAUUGGCUCGUUCGUCGACUACUUCCUGCACUCGGAGUUGUCCGAGAACUCGGACGCGUAUCGUCGCAGCACGUACUUUUUUAAGGACCGUAGCCAGCCCAUCAAUGCUGGUCCUGUCUGGGAUUUCAACUUGGCGUACGGACGAGGCGGCCGCCAAACGACUUGGUUGUACACUGGCCAUACCUUCUGGAAGCGUCUGGUGUGCAAUUACAAGUUCGCGUCGCUUGUGCAGCAGCGAUGGGCCAAGCUGCGCGCGACCACGUGGAGUGACGAAUCCAUCCACUUGUUUCUCCAAGCAAGUGCCGAGCCGCUUCGUCGGCAGUUGAAGCACUGCAGCGCGUGGAAGAGCGAUAACCUGCAGUGUGCGAAUGUCAAUGCGAAUGCAAGGGGGACGUUUGACGAUGCCGUGGCUGAUCUAGUCAACGCUGUUCUAGCGCGUGCUCAAUGGAUGGACUCGAACGUGGCGGGGUUCUACAAAACACUGGAUCCUGAAGUUUGUGUCGGUGCUGGCGAACUGCCAGCAUACAAUUGCGCUGCCGACGGCGAUGACAAAGGAUGUCUAUCGAACCCCGCCGCGUAUAGCGACGCUGUCGCGUUCCCAGAGCCCCGCAAGUCGGUGGCUGCAAAGACGUGCGAUGCAUCGAAGUUCUCGGCUGCUAGUGGAGCAAAGAUGGAGGAGCCAACGCUUGACCCGUGCUGGCUGUCGGCGGGCGUUUACAUCACGGAUGGCUCGAUUACGCCAUUCUGCGGUGGCUACGGGUUUUGUCCGGAAGGACCAGGAGCGAAAUGCACGUGCACGAGCGGCCGCCGCCCACCCACUUGUGCUCGUCACGACGAUGUCAUUGUGCCUCAUGGUGGACUAUUCGGGAGCGACGUGGUGAAGCAGGAAUCGCUGGUCAGCAACUCGGUCGAUGCUGUGUUGGAAGAGAACACGUACUGGACGUCUCCGCUCUUCUUCUUGUGCGCCGUGUCUGCGAUGGUGCUCGGAGCAGUCUUGAGGGUCCGCCAACGUCGUCGCAACCGCCACUACUCUCGCUUGCGCGAAGCAAUUGCUACUGGUUCAGGGAGCGAUUGUGACGGUCGCGGACUGUCCUACGGCACAUCGUAA